GGAGCAUCAGUUGAUUGCUUUGCUCAGAAUAUUAUGACUGCAAUAUUUCUGCUCUUGUUUCUGUCUCUCUCAAGGAUCAUUUGCUCAGCUGCUGAAGAAGCUUCGAUUACCGUGACACAGAUGCCAGAGCGACAGAUUAUAUGGAUGGGACGAAGCAUCAUUUUCCAUUGCAUAAUCCCUCUUACGUAUGACCAGUCAAGAAUUGAAGUUCGUUGGCGGAAGCAGGGGGAGAAUGAAUACCUACCAAAUGAAGUUACUGGCAGGAAGAGAUUAGUCAGCAAAAAUAAAGGAGGGGGUUAUUUUGAAUUGCUGAACGCGACUAUCCAGGAUUCGGGAAUCUAUCAGUGCGUAGUCAUGCGUGACGGAAAAACCAUUGGAGAAGGAAAAGGAUCAGAUCUAAAAGUGUGCGCUGCUCCAACUCCAUUGACGCUUUCAUCCAGGGCACUCAGGAACUCAUCUGCGACUUUGGUACUUGUGUGUGAAACGGCUGAGUUUUACCCGAGAGAAUUAAAUAUUACGUGGUAUAAAAACGGUGCUCCAGCGACAUCAGAUAUAAAUACCUUUAAACAAGAAAAUACUGAAGAGUUGUUUAAAGUUUCCCGUUUCUUGCAAGUAAAACAGUCAGAGGUGAACGGGACUGUUUACAUAUGUUUGGUGCAACAUAUCUCGCUAAGGACUCCUGCAAUUGCUAUCUACACCGUUCCCAAUUCUUACCGAGAACUCGAUGGCAAAUUUAAAAUCAUCUGGGCUUCUGGAUGCGCAAUCGGUGGUAUGGCAAUUUUGAUACUUCUAAUUAUCGCUGGCAAGAAGUGCAUUUUCAUGAAUCAAAGUAAGCACGGAGAUACUGAUACUGCCGACCAUGAAGAUUUGGUUGAAGAGAAUAAGAUACUGACUUAUGCUACUGUGGAUACAAGAAAUUCCAAUCGGAAGUGGGAACAGAAAGGCGAAGAUGAGGCAUCGUACGCACAAGUAAAACAAGAGUCUGUGCGAGAAGGACUGACGUAUGCUACGGUAAAAUUGGCUGAAUCAGCGAAAACAGAAAAGCUCAAGACAAAGAUUUCCGGCUCUAUGAAUUAUUACAUUUUAAAGCGGAUGAAUACUUCCUGUACUUUCCAUUUCCCGUAUUACGUUGUGUAA